AUGAUAGCUCAGGAGGCCCGAGCCAGUGGUGCAUCAUCGCUGAAAAUUUUUCCAGCCGAUAUCAGCGGUAUAUUGCUAGCCGAAAGCCGCGAUGAGCAGCAAAUCGAUCAAUUAACAUCAGAAAUUUCGUUGAUUGUUAAAGUAACCUUUUUCAGUUUUAUUGCAUUUUUAGUACUAGAAAAUACACAUAAAUUUCUAGAUCAUUUACUACUCACUACUUGA